AUGCAGUUCUUCACGAACCUCACUACCCUUUUCCUCGUCACAUUGGCCCUCGGAGCUGUCAUUGACACCCGUACCGACGCACUCGGUGUCGACAAGGAAGUCGAAAGUGUUACAUGCAGUCCCAAAGGUGGUGCCUGUAUCGAAGGUCAGCUUAGCUGCUGCGAGGGAUUGAGAUGCUAUGUUCCUCCCAAGAGUGGCUGGGAGCCUCAGGGUGCUUGGACUCUGCAAGCAUAUAAGAUACUAGACAUGAAGGAAUGA